GUUGGUGCGCCCGGACGACGUCGUCCCUCGUUCCACAUGCAUCCAGUUCCAAGUAACCUUCACCAUAGUCAUGCCAGGCGCGAGUUUCCAAUGUACCGAGUGAGCGAUCGUACUGCAGUUUAGGCCAUUCGCCUGCACCACGUACGCCGAUCAACCACCAACGCGGUAAAGGAAGAGAAACGAAAGAGACGUCCGCCAGUGGCAUGCACUGGCGCUGGCUGCACUGCAGCGGAGAGGAGAGGAGCGCAGGAUUCAAAAAGAUUCGCCCCCGCAACGAUCGUACGCCGAAAGCAUGGCAGACGAAGGCGCCGCGGGCAGGCGGACGGCCUGACUCAGCUUGAACGCGCCUUUACUCGUCAUCAAGAGGAGCAUGGGCUUUUCUCACGCACGAAAAGAAGUUUGGAGGAGUCUCGUGGAGCGGGCUUUAUUUGAUUGCCCCGAAUUCGAGGAGAACGUAUGAGAUCGAAAUCUCCGACGCGAAGGACGACGACGAGCACGAGGCGCGUUCUUCAUGGGCGGAAGAAGGCGCCGCUGAAUCGGUGUUUGCCGAGGAAGCGUUUCGUCGAUUUCGUGUUCGGCUUUUGGGAAGGUUGUUCUGAUCUGUUGGCUGACGUCAGUGUGGAUUGCGCUCGGAGCUCCGCGAUUCGCUCUGGCGUGUGCGCGCGGCGAGAUGGAAAAGCCGAAUGUGACUGAUUGUAUAAAUGAAGCGGAAUUCUGCUUUCCUCGAUUGUCGUCUGCGCGUUGAAAGCGUGACAUCGUCGGGCAUAAGUCUCGGUUAAUUUGGUACAAGUGUAAACGCCGGCGAAUUGCUGAAUUGAGACGGUUGUGUCGAAUGAACAAACUCUGAUUCCAGAGGUGAAUUAUUCUCGAUUUUUUUACAACGUCGACUCCACCUCGUCGUUGACAAUAUGCCUGCGUCAUUACUCCGAGUUGUCCUCCUCUGGAUGCUGGCGUCUUCGGUAUACUGUGGAGAUACACAGUCCACGUUUUUUGAGGAACUGAAGACUCACAUUGUAAUCAACACGAGCCGGGUCGUCGCUACUCUUGAUGAGACGUUUCUGUGCGCUACUCUUGAUUGGUGGCCAUCGUCGAAAUGUAAUUACGGAUCAUGCCCAUGGGGUCAUGCUGGUUUACUAAAUCUGGAUCUUGGCAACCCGUUAUUGGAACGUACUCUUGCAGGUCUGGCCCCUUUCACAAUAAGAAUUGGGGGAACAUUGCAGGAUCUGGUUGUGUACAAUGUCGGCGAUCAUAUUUCAACUGAACCGUGCCUUCCGUUCGUUUACAAUGCAUCAGCUUUGUUCUCAUACACUGGUGGAUGUUUACCCAUGGAAAAAUGGGAUGCUAUGAAUGAACUCUUCAAGAAGACCGGGGUUUCCGUGGCCUUUGGUCUCAACGCACUCUAUGGUCGUUCAAAAUCCUCGGACUACAAUGUCGUCGGUCCAUGGAAUCCAAGUAAUGCAGCAAACUUCAUCCGAUAUACGCACGAUCGAGCCUAUCCUGUCACAGCUUGGCAGCUUGGAAAUGAGCUGUUGGGAGCUGGCAUUGGCAAAGUGGUAGCUCCAGACCUGUACGCUGCGGACGUUCUCAAGCUGCGAAAUGUUGUCGACGAAAUCUAUCAAGGAGAUACCACGAAGCCCGUUAUCGUUGCACCAGAUUCUUUCUACGACGUGGGGAGCAAGGAAAUUCCGAAAUUUUUAAAGUCUUCGGGACCUAACGUAGUCGAUGUAGUCACAAGACAUAUAUACAACUUGGGUGCAGGGGUAACAGAAACCAAUGAGCUAAUUGGUAGAGUGUUGAGUCGUGUAUACGCGGACAAUGAGGCUGCUAAGUACAAAUCAAUGCAAAGCGUUUUGCAAGAAUACCCUCAAACAACCGCAUGGGUAGGCGAAGCGGGUGGAGCUUAUAACAGUGGUCAUCAUCAAGUCUCCGAUGCCUUUAUUUUCGCCUUCUGGUACCUCGACCAACUCGGUAUGGCAUCAAGAUACAACAACCAAGCGUUCUGCAGGCAGAGCUUCAUUGGAGGCCACUAUGGCCUUGUCGAUGCCAACUUCAAUCCAAAUCCGGAUUACUAUGGAGCCCUGCUGUGGCGCCAAUUCAUGGGAAGAGGAGUUUUAGUUGUCGACGUUAUCAAUGGAACAAAUGAUGUUCGGGCCUACGCUCACUGUCAGAAAGACAAGAAGGGCGGUUUGACACUGCUGGUGCUCAAUUACAGUAAUACUACCAAGCACAACCUGGAUGUGAGUUUACUUGGUUUUUCGACUCCUACAGAACUUCACAACUAUCGAAAGUUGCUGGCGGAUGAGGAGUGUGAAGCAGCCAGUUGUCACAAGAACACCGAAGAUUCUUCAGGCAGUCUACGACUUGAGUAUCAUAUGAGUCCCGCAAAUGGCAUGAUCACUAGCCAGACCGUUUUGCUCAAUGGUCAGCCGUUGCAAAUAACGCCUACUGGACAAUUACCAACAUUGUCGCCCAUAAGUGUUGAUUCCUCCAGCCCCAUCUCUCUAGAUCCACUCACGUACGCAUACGUUGUCAUACCGAAUGCUCACGCCCCUGCCUGUCUUGUCGACUGAAAUCGAAGUGACUGCAAUUGCAACCACUUGAUUGCAGCGAAAGUAUUUUGAGCCAGUUCUGACUAUGGCAACAACGAACCUGACGCCUUUUUAGAGAAACUGCCUGUGGAGGAGGAAAUCCGAUCUUGUGUACUUCUAGAACAGGACUGUGAAUCCUGUCACGGGUCGACAUCGAGAAGGUCAGGAGUGUACAUCUUGGUAAAGAUCUGGGAAUUGCACAGUCCACGCACUGGUAUGACUUCGUCUACCUUCACCAAGCGGCAGAAUAGAAAAACUAACACUAGCUGCGUAUCUACUCAGGUGGGCGGGUCAAGUGCUUGUACAUCUUUCUGGAGAGCAAUGAAGGGAAACUGUAUAAAUCUUAUAUCUGGGUUUCGACGAUCCUUUUUGACUGUGGCUUCGUUCCAGUGACGAACUUUCCUAAAUAGAUACAAUGGCAUGAAUGACUUGUACGUCGGAUCGAAUGAUCCCGUCGAGCUCCUCGCUCGUCCGAAAUGCGCUGCCUCAGAUAGGGAGCGACUCUGCCUCCAAACUCGGUCGCCCACGACAUAUUUAGGGUGCAGUGGUCUCGUGGUUCAGUUCAUGGACAUGACAAUGGCUCCGGCUUCAGCCGUCCGUCAUGAGGGAGGCUUGGAUAAGGGGCAAACCACAGCAACAAACAA